ACAGUUCGUCGUCAUCGUCAUUUCUGAUGACGCUGUCGCCGCCACCGACGUUUCUCUUGUAUUUGCUUUGUAUUCACAUGCAAAUCGAAGUUCUGCGAGAGCGUAAAAAAAUAACGUCGUGAGUCACAAGUGCUUCUGUUACAGCAAAAUACACAUGGGGAUCGAAGCAAGCUCGAAUAAAUACACUUUUCCCGUUAAAACAAUUUUCAGUUGAUCAUUGUGCUUCGAUGCGGAUAGAUCGUGGUUUUCUUUUCGUGUAAAACUACGACUCGUUUCAAAGUUUAUACCCCUGAAUCAAUUUUAUUAGUGCACCAAAGUUGGAAUAACAUUUUGAAAAAUAAAACGACCUUAUUUCAAAAACAAUAUGCGUGCGUGAAACAAUUCGAAUGAAAUAUUUCCGUAAUUUGAAAUUAAAAUUCAAUAUUCCGUUCAUUUUUCUGGUACCAACCGUUUGUACAACCGUUUGUACAACCAUUUCGAAAUGACUUCAGAGCUGAAAAAUAGUGAUGGUUUGGUUGCGUCGGGUGCGAAUCUACGACAAAAUGUACUGUUGGCAGCAUCAACGCCCGAACCAUUGAAAAGUUCCAAAAUUGAUAUAUCGGACGGCGAUAUCGAUUUGGGCAAAGAAACGUCGAAAAAAAGCUUUUGGCGGAAUGUGUUCAAUUUGCGUGAGAAUUUAGUGGAGAGUAAAAAUAGUGCGUGUGUCACCAGUGGUUUGUCGAAUAAAUGUGAUGAAAAAUCGUUAAACGCGGCUUGUGUGAUUGACAGUGCCACGUCUCAAUCGAAACGCACAAAAAACCAAAUUGACGCCGAUAAAAGUGAAAUGCGACACAAUGAUCCACCUAGUUUGGAUGAUACGGGCGAUUGUAUAUCGGAGCUGAUCGGUCACAUCGGUUUGUGGCAAGUUGUAUGGGUGAUAUUCCUCAUAAUGUUUCAAGUGCCGUCCGCAUUUCACAUCUUUUCGUUUAUGUUCCAGGUAAAUGUUGUGCGCGUGUACGGCUGCGUUACCAAAACUCCGUAUCUAAGUACCUUCUGUUGUUUUUUGUAAACACUUCGUGCAAAGAAUGAGAGCCAAGAAAUUGGAGCAGGGUCAAUAUUUAAGAUCAAACUUUUUCAUUGUUCCUCAAUCGGGACGCACUUUGAACCGAAAUGUCAGUGUAGAAUGAUGAUCUCAUUAAAAAAUUCCGUUUUGUUUUUCUUUCAUUCAACGUUUUUGUGGCGGCGUUAACGCAAAAUGUGCGCAAAUAUUACAGUUGAAAACUUUGAAUCACAUCUGUCCUAUGAGCCAUUUUCAUUGAUUAGCACUCACCAGCGAAAUCAAUAAACACGAGCAAAAAAAAAAUUAGCUCACGUACUUAUUGAGUGAUAAAUUUACAAGUGAUUAAAAACCUAUAAAAUUGAUAACACAAUCAGUGUGUCUGUUCAUUGAAAAAAAAACAACAACAACCAUAAAUCAGUAGAGAAUAACAAAUCCGUUUGGCAAAAUUGCACACCAUGUACAUGGAAUGUCCAAAAUUCAAAAACCAGAUCGAUUGUUCAGCGUACGGUUGGUCGUUUUGAUUUAAUAUGUUUUUAAUGCGUUCAUUUCCCAUUGGCACUCACAGCAGCAUUCGUUUGGCUUUUGUUUUUGUUGACAAAAAAGAUUGUUUUGUUUUGUUGUUGUCGGUUUUUAACCAUUCACCUCACGUGCUAAGCAAACGUCAUGCUCUGUUGAGAUUGGUUUGUGCAUACCGGUGGGUUUUUUUCUCGUUCGCAUACGAGAAAAACCUUCAUAGAACCGCAACAAAAACCAAAUUAGCCAAAUAUUACGUAAUUGAUAAAACGAAUUCUUUUCCAUCGGCCAAUUGUGUGCACUCUGUAUGGGAAAUGGAAAUUUUCCAGACAUUCUACACACGCAUGUUAAUUACAUUUCGACGAACAGUUUGUCGCGAAAGGGUGAAAGAUAGAGUGCGUAAUGAAAUGAGAAAUAUCAUAUCGUUUGCGUGAGUAGCACAAGUGAAAUACCGAAAAAAAAUGACUUCAAAUUGGUGGCAGUUCCCAUUCAUUAUCGCGAGGUAAAAAUUUCCUAAUAACACCGAAAACAAAGCAACACUUUUUCGCCAGCAAUUAAAAUCCAAAAUCCAAGCAUUUAAAGUGUUGCAUGUGUAAAUGUUUACAUCAUAACUUAGCGUGUGUUGAACUCACCGAAUCGAACCUAUUUUCGAAUACAACGUUUGAAAUAAUGAAGAACGUGAGAUAUGCAGCGAAAAAAAAUUAAGUAUUUCCCUUCAUUUCAACAUUUUUCUCAUUAGAAUCAUUAUUGUUUUUCUGUGCCUCUUGUAAAGAACUGAGCUUUUUUUUGUCUAUAUUCCUGGGCUAGUUUCAAUUUCAAAUUAAAAAGAUUCAGUGUAAUUCAUGACAUGGGAUCGAUUUAAUGAUACGAAUUUGUAGCAAUUUCAAAACGGCUUCUAUCCAAUGUAUGACCAAUGUGUUUAUUUUCUGCUCCGUUUUUUCUGUACAUUGUGUGGUUUAGCUGCUUCGCAUUGCAUACAGAAAUACCAAUUAAAGGUAUCGCAAGAAUUUUAAAUGCGAAAAACCAAAUGUCCACACUUCAUUUACCGUAAUGUUUUUCUACGAACGAAUGCAAUGCGUAUAUUUUUAGCGUUCUGUGUUGGUAAGUUUCCAUUUGAUUGAAAAAGAUUUUCCAAAUUUCAAAAACAUUUUUUUUUUCGUUCAGAUUUGAAGGUAAUUUGUCAAUUCGUGGCGAUAGAAUUGUCGAUGAAUUCGUAACGCAUACAGUGUAUAUAUGGGCUCUUGAGACCGAUUGGAUAUGCACUUGGGUGUGAAGCACACAAAUCAUUAAUAAUAAUUUAGUGGUUGACGUUAAGCAGUCAACAUCUCUCAUCCAUGGAUCGGCAACGUUUUCUGUUACUUUUCUAAUGUAUUUAAUUCAAUUUAACCGAAUCACUGUCAAGCAUCAAUUUGAUUCGCUUCCUUUUCCACAUGUUCAGCACUAUGGUUUUGUCAAGCCAAGCAUGUGAUUGUGGCUGCUUGGUAUCGUACGUUUCGACGAUAUUCGGAUAGAAAAUCAUGAUACAUAUGCAUCAAUGCGCGCACUACGGUAACCAUCUCUUAUUAGACGAAUCCAGAAUUUAAAUUCGUGAAGACCAUUUCUGUUAGUCUCUUAUUAUACCUCUCAUAAAAACACAGUGACCCAUUUGGUCGCAUGAAUCAAGCGUAUGCAAUGGCACCGAUGAUUUUUGUUUCCCUUAUUCAAAACCAGACCAUUGUUCUUCCAAUGCAAUGAUUGAUGAAUAAUGAAUAUACAAUUUUGCAACCUCCAGCCAUUCGUAAAAAAACGGCCUUGUUUUGAUGUCAGGUGUGAUGUGUGGGUACAAAUUCAUUUUUGAUUACAUUUUUUGCACCUGUGACUGUUUACGGAUCUGCCAAAAACACUUCCGAAAUAAUUGAACAGUUCAAAUUGAAUGAUAGACAUAAUAUAAAUGCUAAAUUGAUAAGCAAAAAAUACAACGCAGAGCAUUUAUGCAGAGAACUAAUAAUGGGAGCAAACGAGUAAACAUUCGCAAAUGGACAUUUAGAUGUGGUGGAUGAGUUUCAAAUACAAUAUGAAUUACGUUGAUUGUGUGCACAUCAUGUUUGGGGCAUGUCAAGAGAUUAUUCGACAAGGCUAAAGACAAGAUAACGCAUCGUGCUCACCAAUCAACCCAAAUAACUAAAUGAACUGAAACUUUUGUUUACUCCAAUUCGAAUGAUGAAUAACUCAAACCAUGUGUGUGCUUUUUUGUCAAUGAAACCACAUAAAAAUCGAGCUGGUCAAAUUUGCUCGUCCACUCGAAGCGGUAUUAUAGUUUGAAAUUGAACCUAUCAUCAUCAUUGCAAACAACUAAUCAUUUUCAAUUAGGCACGACAUCACUUUUCUGAUAAAUGUACACAUAAAAUGACGGCAAUUUAACAGCGUCAUCGAAAUACGUUCUUAUUGAUUUGAUGGUUUGUUUACAUUUCAAAUCAUUGCAUCGGACGUAAUACGUACUGAAACGAGAUCGAUAACGUCGAUCAAAUUUCACCAAGAGACGUCAUCAAACUUAAAACAUUCACUCACUAUUGAUCGACGAAUCAAGCGAUGACGGACGGGAUUUUUCUCUCUUUUUGAAAUGCAAAUCAAAUCUAACACUAGAUUUAGAUAUUAGACUCGUGGGGAAUUUUUGGUUAGCCAUCAAAUAAUUUAAUUGGCUCAUUUUAAAUGGCUUUUUAUGCAGUGAAAUGAUGCUUCAAAAUCUUUAUAAUGAUGAUAACGUCAAAUUAAUGUACAUAGUAUAGUUUACUUGCCGGUUUCUGGUUAUUUUUGCGUCGAAAAUGCGCCAAAGAACAGUAAAAAAGACUGCUCCGAGUUUUUAUAGAAUAGCCGAUCGUGGUAUGUGUGAUUUAUUUCUAUUUUUAAUGGUCCAAAACAAGUUAUGUUUAUCAACUAAGCUUGUCACCUGUCUGCUGUUGGGGACAGCAUCGAAACGGUGCACCGGAAAAGAUUUUGUUUACAUUUCGAUGAUUAUUGUUCCAGCCGUAUAUUAACUUUAUUUGAUAUUUGUGGUUAUACCCUUUAUUUGAUAUUUGUGGUUAUUUCCCGUUACCGGAAGAACCAGACGAAAGAAAAAAGAGCAAACAAUACGACUGUAUAAGAAUCCAAAUCAAUGAUUGCGGCAACUAAACAUCAGUUGACGCACUCAAGAAGAAAACAACUUCCAUCGAAGCUGUAGACAAGAAGUGAAACAAAAACAACUGCAAGACUUUUGUAGCGUGUCGCGAUGGAAUGUAAAUUAGAUUCCGAAUGAAAGAGAAGUGUUAAGAUGAAUAACGCGGUGGAACGUGAUUUCUGGUGUGCAGUUCCAGCUGAGUUGCAACCGACAAUGAACCUAUCGGUGUCCGAUUGGCAAAGAAUAUCACAGCCACAAGGUGCCUGUACAAUUGCCAAGAAUCUAACGGAUAGACUUCAAAAUGGACUGAAAUCGAAUCAAGACGAUGAUUAUAAAGUGGAAAAAUGCACGGAAUUUAUUUUUGAUUCGGAAAUCAGCGACACAACAAUCCAGUCCGAAUGGAAUGUGGUGUGCGAAGAUGCCACACUGUUGAACGUGAUCGAACUGUGCUUCUUGGCUGGCGCGGCCAUUGGAAGCCUAAGUUCGGGAACAUUAUCCGAUGAAUACGGCCGACGACACACGCUUAUGAUCGUCGUUGCAUUGCAAGCCAUAAUCGGUACAACACUUGGUAUUGUCAAAACAUUGAUGCCGUAUAUGAUACUUCGAUUCGCUCUGGGCUUUGUGUCAAUGUCAAUCGUAAACAUAUCGUUUGUGUUGACCGUCGAGAUGGUCACUGGAAAAUGGUCAUCGAUCAUUGGAACAUUAGAUCUAUUGCCAUUGCCGAUUGCAUACAUCAUUAUAGCCGGCAUUGCUUAUGUGACACGAAAUUGGCGGCAUUUGCAAUUUAUCGUCUCAACACCUUGGUUCGCGCUUCUGCUCUUUUGGCACGUUAUACCGGAGAGCCCGCGAUGGUUAUUGGCUAAAGGUCGAGUUGAAGAAUUGAAGAAAAUCAUAGAAACGGCAGCCCGUUGGAAUAAAAAAACUCUGCCACCAAACUAUGAAAAGCUUCUAAUCGUUCCUCCCGAAGAAGAGUCAAGCGGAUCAUUCUUGGACUUAUUCAAAAUGGAAUAUCUUCGAACAACGUUGCUUCUAAUGGUUGCAUGGUAUACACUUGUUCUACAAUAUAUGGCAAUCACGCUCCAUAUUGGUGAAAUGGGGAGCGAUAUUUACAAAACAACGAUUUGUGCUGGUUUAUUCGAGAGCAUUGCCAUUCUUAUUUCGAUAUUCACAGUGACCAAGUAUGGAAUUCAAAAGAAUAUUUUUUAUAAUAUUUUGAUUGCUGGCAUUUGUUUGAUGUAUAUUGCCAUUUUUCCAAACGCUGAAUGGACUUUGGUCGUAUUUUUGGCUAUGCUGGGGAAGAGCACGACUGGGGUUGCCAACGCAGCAAUACCAGCAUUCACUUCAUUCCAAUACCCGCCAACACUUCGAACACGUGCAAUGGGCAUGACCAAUUUUUCAGCUGGAUUUGCUCUCAUUUCCGUUCCAUACAUUUGGCAAUUGAAAUACAUUGAAAACUAUUUGCCACCGUUACUGUUGGGACUGUGUGGGUUGGUUGGUGCUUUGGUAUUGUUCGUUAUCGAUGAUCGAACGGCGAUCAUUUUGGCAGCUGAACGACGGCCACGAAAACAAAGUCAACCACAACUAGGAACGACAACCACUUGGUUAUGACAAUUCAAGCUAAAUUUUACAUAAUCGCAGUACAAAGUAAGUCGAAUUCUAUGAGUAUUUUUUUCUUGUUAAUUUCCGGUAGAAUACAAAUACAGAACAAAGAAAUCAAAUGAUUCAAUGCAUUUGCCGUUUAGAUGUGUAAUAGAAAAGAAAAUUUCUUCAAGAAAACGAAAAAUGGUUCCUGAAACACUGUAAGAAAAAAGUGCUCGUUUACAAAAUGAUUAGUAUGAAUUGUGUUUUAAAUUCGAUGAAAAGUUUCGUUUAAAUGCACUUCCAUUUCUGUAAAUUGUAACGUGUUUUUUAGGUUUUUAAUUGUAUUUCAUAGCAAAUAAGUAUAUUCAAUUAUAGCUCAAGCAUUUCUCGUACAUUUGAUGGUAUGGUGACAUUUAUGUUUUUUAGCCAGAAAAAAAGUAAUUCUAUUUUUACGCAUCAAGUGCUUUUUUCUCUGUCUCUACUAUUUAUAUAGAUUUUAUUGUGAUAAUAAAUUGAAGUUGAUAAAUAUG